AUGGAUCUCUUCAAAUCAGUCAUGUCCGAAUACGAUCAUCAACAAGAACAACAACAACCCGAUUCACCAGAAUCUCCUCUCGGCAAUCCCACAACUCCUUCUUCUUCAUCAUGGAGCUUCGGAAAUCUAAUCAAAACCCUAGCGACAAAAUCCGAGUCCGUAAUCGGAUCCUACCGUCGCGACUUCGAGGAAUUCGGAUCCGAAUUGAAGAAAGAGACCUCCGUAAUCCGACAAGUAGCUUCCCGCGCCGUCAAGGACUUACCCGACUCCCUCGAAAUCGGCGCCUCCGUCGCUCAAGAGUCGCUCGAAUCCGUCGGUCAAGCGAUCGACGACAUCGGCGCCACCGUUUGGAAAUCAACGGCCAAGAUCAUUUCUCACGGUAAGGAAUCUCUGUUAUCCUCUUCUUCUUCCUCCUCCGAUGUCGAAUCAUCCGGUGGCGAUGAUCGUAGAAACCAGAACUUAUCUGCGAAACCAUAUAGCCGAUUCGAGAUGCAAUUGCUUGCGAUUCAGUCUGAUAAAGGGACUUACGUUAGAGAACCAGAUGAUGAUUCAGGGGAUUUUGAGGAUUGGGUUUUAGGGUUUAAGCUUGAGGAGAAAGAAAGUGAGAUUGUUGGUUUGAUAAAUGGAAAUAAGGCUGUGAAAGAGAUUUAUGAGGAGAUAGUUCCUGUGAUGGUUGAUGCUGAGAGUUUCUGGAGGAGGUACUUUUAUAAAGUGUGUAAGCUUGAGCAAGCAGAGGAAGCUAGGGUUAAGCUUGUGAAGAGAGCUAUCUCUGGAGAAGAAGAAGAAGACUUGAGCUGGGAUCUUGAUGAUGAAAGAGAUGAAAAUGAAGCUGAGAAAGGUAAUGAGAGAAGUUCAGAGAAGGCAGAGAGGAGAGAAGUGUCGUCUCAGGAAAGUGAUAUCUCGGUGAUAUCGACGCAGCCGUCGUUACCAGAGGUGGAAGAUCUUGGGUGGGAUCAGAUGGAAGAAGAUAUAAGAAGCAAUGAAGAAGGUAGGAGUUUGGAAGGUGGUCAAGGGAGGGAGGAGAAGUCUGGUUGGCGAAGACGGGUUAGUGUAGCAGAGGAAGAAGAGGAUUUGAAUUGGGAUAUUGAAGAAGAAGAUGAUGAUGACUCUGUUAAACAAUAG